CCGAUAGACUCAGAAAAGAAUGGCGGGAAAACUUGUGACAGCAAAAACAGAAGAAAAAGCAAAGGAAUUGGCAACAGAACCAAUGAAAGUGGAAGUGAAAACCAAGGAGGAGCUGAAGCCCAGGGAGCAGCACUCUGCUGUGAUCACUAUUCCUCGUUUUGACUACAACGCCCCUCUUCUCUCCUCAGUCAUUCCCACUCCGGAUUCCUCAUCACCUGCCCCAUCAAGAGGGAGAAGAGUGCAACAAAAGAAGCCAUGUCAAUUCUUGAAAAGUGGCUGUUUGGCUUCUUUACCUUUUGGUUCUGAGCCAGAGACUCCACAACUAGACUAGAGCAAAUUUUGCACCAUGGCAUGUCCUGCUUGGCAUGGUUAUUUUUUUCAUGGCAAUAUUGACUGCUGUUACCGGCUUGAUUGAGAAAUUCAUCUUCACGGGCUUAAGAAGGGAGCAAGAAGCAUUGAUAGUCAACUUCACUGGCCUGCUCAUCCUCCUCUUUGGAGUAUCUGUUGGCUUCAUUGUUCUUCUUCCAAGAAGUUAUUAAAGUAGUAGUCAUUGGAAAAUCUUGUAAUGUUUGGUUAUAUAUAGUUUGGCCCAAUAUUGCAGCUGGACUAAAACAUUGUUUAAUCUUUUGGCCCAAUAUUGCAUCUCUAGCUAGAGUAAUGAUUCCCAUUUUUGUUACAA